AUGUCGUCGGAGUACAUGGACACCAGCGAGGGGACCGAAAACCAUGAUGGCCGACGUCUACAGCUUCGCCGUGGUGGUGCUGGAGGUGGUGACCGACACGAUGGCUGUGGACGGGAGAUUGCCGGAGGUUCUUCUCAUCAGGAAGGUCCAGCGUCCAGCUCUUUGAGGUUUGAGCAGCUGGCGGCUUGGCGCCACACAUAUGUGGAGUCCGCCGCGCUCACGCUCGCCAUGGUCGCCGUGCGAACGUCCGCUGAAGGAGGCGACGGGGGCACAGGGCCAUCCGGAUGCUCGGAGCCGCAGCCGCCCGCGUCGAUGGAGGUCGCGGCGCCGCCAAGAAACAGCGGAACAACGACGACGAGUUCACACUCCUCACCGCAGCCGUUGCCUCCUGGGAGCGAAACGGCCGAGCCCUGGGCCUCUCGGGCGCCAGACAUGGCCGAGCUGUUCGAAUCCAUUAGGGAGUUCAUCUCCCUGCACAUCAUGGUGUACUACAAGAUUAAGCGUCUGAAGAGCAAGUUCCAGCACUCGCAUGGGCACGGGCUCCGCCAUUAUUGCGUGCACCCGCACAGAUCGAUCUAUCGAUGA